UUAUUAAGUCAAGAGGUUCCAUUGGAUAUAUUAUUGGUUGAAGACAACAUGGUUAAUACUAAAGUUGCAUUACAACAUUUGAAAAGACUAGGUUAUAAAGCUGAUUCAGCAAUUCAUGGUGUUGAAGCGCUUGCCAAAUGUGCAAAGAAGAUUAAAGACACAGGCCGUAAUUAUGAUUUGAUAUUGAUGGAUAUUCAAAUGCCUUUAAAAGAUGGGAUUGAAACUUCAAAAGAUUUAGAAGAAUUGUAUGGAGGUACUGAUUUGUUACCAAUAAUUGUUGCAUUGACAGCUAAUGUUGAGAUGGAAGAUAGAGACCGUUGUAUCUCAUGUGGUAUGUCUGAUUUUAUUUCCAAACCUAUUCUUCCUGAAAAGUUAGCCAAAGUUUUGCGCACUGCUGGUCAGUCAUGAUUUGUUAUUAGUAGGAAAGUUUUGAGUGCUAAUUCUUUCAGUUCGGUUACAAGAUAGGUUGUAUCCUAAUAUUUAUUUGUUAUAAUUUUUAAUUAAUGGGGGAUGUUUAAAGGUUAGAAUGUUGAUAUUGACGUAGUCUACAUUUUUUGAUGCAAAAUGUCAGAUCUCAAAAGUGUGCAGUUGCCGAAUCCGGUAUGUAAUCUAAAUAAGAACGAGAUCUCGAAGAACAGAGGAGUGU